AUGGAUCAAGGUGAGGGGCUCACAGGAGCACUGGCUGACACUGAGAAGUCUCAGGAGUUGCUGGAAGAAAUGCUUUGGCGUUUUCGGGUUGAAGAUGCAUCACCUUGGAAUUAUUCCAUGUUUGCCCUGGUUGGAGUGGUGGUCUUGUUGAGUGCUUUCCUCCUGAGGCGGAACAUCCAGGCACGCAGAAAACAAAAGAUGCAGCCACCAAAAAUAUCAAAACAAGAUGAAGAAGUUCAACAUGUGACUGAAGCCAUAACCAAAGAUGACAACUGUUUGAGUGCUGUUACAGAGACUCUGCUUUCAGAAAAACCCAGUUUGACUCAGGAAGAAACUGAAUUCAAAGGGACAGUUGUACCUGAAGUUUUCCUUCAAGAUCCACAAGAAUCUGAGAGCUAA